AUGGAUGAGAACGAAAGAGACGAUCCUGUGCGAACCGCUGUUCUGAGUGAUAUCCAUGGCAACGCCGUCGCGCUCAAAGCGGUCCUCGAGGACAUCAAGACGCGCGAUAUCGACAAAAUCGUCUGCCUCGGAGACAUCAUCGGAUACGGCCCAGACCCCCUCGAAUGCGUCGACCUCGUCCAGGAACACUGCGACUGGGCGCUGAUGGGCAACCACGACUUCGCCGUCGUCUACGAACCCACCAACUUCAACGCGCCCGCCGAGUCCGCGGCGUACUGGACACGCGAGCAGUUCGACGCUGAACCAGACGAAGCCGCUCGCACGCGCCGAUUCGAGUUCCUCGGAUCCCUCCGCGUCCGCGCCGUCGAAGACCUCAUGGGAGACGGCACCAAGAUCCUCUCCGUGCACGCGUCCCCUCGCCGUCCGAUCAACGAAUACAUCUUCCCAGAAGACGCCAGCGACGCACCAGACAAACUCGAAGCGAUCUUCGACCGCGUCGAGCACAUCGCACUGGUCGGACACACCCACCAGCCCGGCGUGUUCUCGAACGAACCCGAUUUCUAUCCACCAUCGGAGAUCGGCUCCGAUCCAGUAUUUAAGUUCAUCGACGACGAGAAAGCCGUCGUCAAUGUAGGAUCCGUCGGACAACCGCGUGAUCAUGAUCCGAGAGCGUGCUACACGAUCCUCUCGCCUGGUCAGGUCGAGUUCGUCCGAGUGGAAUACGACAUCAAAGCGACCGCGGACAAAAUCAAGUCCAUCCCCGAGCUCCACGAUUGGCUCGGAGAUCGAUUGUUUGAAGCGAGCACGCACUUGCGCCACCAUCUCCGCCAUAUCCUGACUGUCACACUGACCCUGCUCAUCGGACUUGGUGGAUCGACCACCGUCGCCCAAGACAACCAACCUGAUGCGCAGCCAACAGAGUCACUCUCCGCACGACCUGUGGAAACGACCACUGAUUGGUCUCCGCUGAUCGACAACCUCGAAGAGCUCGAGAUCCAGUUCAGCCCCAUCGGAGCAGGAAUUGAGAGCCUCGUACUGCUCGAUGAGUUCGAGACGGUCGCGUUUGAAGAGAACAUCCAGAUCCAGCAUCGCAUCGAGAAUAACGCUGGAGUCUCUGCUGUGCCCUUCGCGCUGCUCGGACUCGAAAUCGACGGCGUCAGUGUCGAUCUCUCCGGGAGCGUCUGGAACGAGAUUUCAAUAGGUGUAUUCGAAGCUUUCAUCGAUGACGCACAAGGCAACCCCAUCGCACGCAUCCAGCGCGAGUUCGUCAUGCGUGAUGCUCGCCACGCGUUCACGAUCGAACAAAUCGUUGAGAACCUCAGCAGCGAACAGCACACCUUCCGUUUCAUCAACACCGCGAUGAUCGACAUGCCCAAAGCGAAGAACGGCUACGCGGGUGAUCGCCGUCGCGUCCGCUUCGGGACACUGAAGUCGCUUGAAAAGCAAGGCGCUUCUGUUCAGGUCAGCGUUGACGACAAGCUCUCCAAUCGCUCCAAGCUGCUCGGAUCAAAGAUCAAAGAUUCCUCAGGGACAAAGCACUACCAGACCGCACAUCCAGUCUGGCCGAGCGAGGAAAGCAUUGAAAAGGGACUCCGGCUGAGCUGGAUCGCGUUCUCCGAUCGCUAUUUCUCUGUCGUCCUCCAUCCGAUGCUCGAUCCAAUGAGCACCACCCCCGAUCAUCGCUUGAUCGGAGAUUCCAUCGAGUCCAUCGACCGAUUAGUCCUCAACACCUACAGCAGCGCUCCAGAUACCACAAUGGUGCUCUCGACCAAGAGUCCAGAGUUCACACUGCUCCCAGGCGCCACCAAAUCUAUCAUCAACGGCGUCUACGCCGGACCUCGCACCAAGCCGGUCUUCAACGAAGACCCCAUCCUCGCAGCGCUGAAUCUCCCAGAGAUGGUCGUCUACAACAUCGGAGGUUUCUGUGCCGGAUGCACCUUCGAUUGGUUGACCAACAUCCUCAUCGCUGUGCUGCGGAUCUUCCACUCGAUUGUCCAGGAUUGGGGAGUCUCGAUCCUUCUGCUCGUGGUCGUCGUGCGUGGAUGCUUACAUCCGAUCACACGCUGGUCACAGAUCCGAAUGCAACGCUUCGGUGUCCAGAUGCAAUCCAUGGCUCCAAAGCAGAAAGCACUCAAAGAGAAGUACAAAGACGAUCCGAAGCGCAUGCAGCAGGAAAUGACCAAGCUCUGGCGCGAGGAAGGCAUCUCGCCGCUCGGGAUGCUCGGAUGUCUCCCGAUGCUGCUCCAGUCCCCUGUCUGGAUCGCGUUGUACGCAACACUCUUCUUCGCCGUCGAGCUCAAGCACGAACCCGCGUUCUACGGCGUGUUCCAGAAUCUCACAGGCGGAUCGUGGAUGUUCCUCUCAGACCUGUCCGCAGCGGAUAACGCGAUCCCGCUCCCAGAGUUCAUGCACUUCUCCUUCCCGCUCUGGGGAAUAGUAUCUUCUGUGAAUAUCCUUCCGUUGUUGCUCGGUGUCGUGUUCUUCCUCCAUCAAAAGUACCUCACCCCACCAACACAGUCCACGCUCACCCCUGAGCAAGAGUCGCAGCAGAAGAUGAUGAAGGUCAUGAUGGUCGUGAUGUUCCCGAUCAUGAUGUACACGGCGCCAUCCGGACUCGCGCUCUACUUCAUCACCAACUCGACGAUGGGUAUCCUCGAGAGCAAGUGGAUCCGCGCUCACAUGAAGAAGCACGGCAUGCUUGAGAUCGAGAACAUCAAAGCCGAGAAAGCGAAGAAGGGGCCAGGUUUCCUGCAGCGCAUGAACGAAGCCGCUGAGGCGCGUCGUCAGCUCAUGGAAAAAGGGCCGCAACCCCCGAAUCCAGCAUCGCGUCAGUUCCGCGAGAAGAAGUGA